AUGCUCGGAAUUGAGCAUCUGCUCUUUCUUUUUACAACAUUCGCCUUCCCACCAGUGGCAUUGACGGUUCUGCUAUGCAUCAUACUGGCCACGUUUGGAAAAUCGCUUGGGUUGCGGCAGAUGUACGUCGACACUCUCAUUCACAUCUUCGAGUGGGGUGCGCGCCAAAUCAAAACGACUGAGAAAAUCAAGAGGAAAGAGAGCAACGUGAAUUCUCCAUUCUUCAUCAAUAAGCUUGCUGAGCAGGAAUUCGAGGAUCACGAUGACUUGAGAAGUUUGGAAACCCCGAGAUUCGAGGCCACCGAGCCGAUUACGGAUGACGAAUUGGAUAUUCGUAGUGAGACUGAAAGCCACGAUUCUGGAGAAGACUUUCCAUCUGUGGACUCAGAUGGCGAUGAGUCUUGCCUGAAGAGGAAAUUCGGGUCCACCACCAGUCUCGCUUCCGUCGGUUCGUGCUGCAAUCUUCGUAAUCGGAGGUCAUCGGAAAGCAGCACAUUGGGAAUCAUCAAACGUGAAACUCAAAUCUAUUUGGACGACAACUUUGCCGACGACAUUCCAGACGAGGUGUUCGUCAGAUCUCGAGGAUGGGCUGCGAUUCGGGAUUCGGUGGACUUUGUGAAAGCUGGCAUGGAAGCUAUUAUCGAGGACGAAGUGACCAGUCGCUUCGAGGCCGAGCAGUUGGUGAGCUGGAACAUGUUGACCAGAACAAGCAUUAAAUUUUAUCAGUUCGUCAACUGGAAGUUGAGUGCUCUCUGGAUCAUUGGGUUCUUGUUCCGCUACUGUGUCAUGUUCCCACUCCGCUUCACAAUCUUCUGCAUCGGACUCGUCUUCCUCAUCAGCUCCACCGCGCUUAUUGGUCUUGUGCCAGUUGGAUCAUGGAAGAAGAAACUCAACCAUAAGUGCAUGCUCAUCUGCUACCGGAUCCUCUCCAGAAGUCUCACAGCCGUAGUUUACUUCCACGAUGAACACUACAAAGCCGAGAGACAAGGAAUCUGUGUCGCCAACCACACAUCCCCAAUCGACGCGCUUAUCCUUUCUAUCGACAACGUCUACGCACUGAUUGGACAGAAGCAUGAUGGUCUGCUUGGCAUUGUACAACGAGCACUUUCUCGUGCAUCGAGCCACAUUUGGUUCGAGAGGAGUGAAGCUAAAGAUCGCUACAUUGUCGCUCAAAAGCUCCGCCAACAUUGCCAGGACCCUGAAAAGCUUCCGAUUUUGAUCUUCCCGGAGGGGACGUGUAUUAACAACACUUCUGUGAUGAUGUUUAAAAAGGGAUCCUUUGAGAUAGAAACUACCAUUUAUCCCAUCGCCAUGAAGUACGACUCCCGAUUCGGUGACGCAUUCUGGAACAGCUCUGAACAAUCGUGGUGUGGAUACAUCAUGCGAAUGAUGACAUCCUGGGCGAUCAUCUGCAACGUCUGGUAUCUGCCACCAAUGACCAAGAGAGCCGGUGAAGAUGCUGUCGAAUUUGCCAAUCGGGUCAAGAAGGAAAUUUCUAACAAGGGAGGACUUGUCGAUUUGGAAUGGGAUGGAGGUCUCAAGCGAGCCAAGGUUCCACCAAAGCUUGUCGCAAAGCAACAGGAGAGAUAUGCCAACCGCCUCUCCAGAUAUACAUCGGUCUCGGAAGUUGUCAAGAACGAAGAUGUGGAAGUUGCACUGGACUGUAAGUGGUUAUUUGUUUUGAACAAUUCUUUGAAACCUUUCUUUUCAGUGGACAAAUCAGUUUCCGGCUACAACUCCCUUGAAGAUCUCCCUGAAGAUGUUUUUGUCGACGAGGAGGAGGAGGAGGAUGAAACCUUCGAUGCUAGCGCUGAAAAUAUCGAGAACGAGCCAGAUGCAACGAUUAAAAAUAAGCUUGUAGACACAGCUUCCCUCGUGAAGCUUUGA